AACGCCUUUUAUCUGCUCCCAACAUUGUUUACGCCAAAUUGUUGGUGGGUUGUAUUCAUAGGAAUUGUCAACCAAUGUUGGAAAGGGUAUUUAAGUUUGCCUCAACAAUACCUGCUUUUGGUGCUUCUGCCACAUAUGGGAUUGCCUGAUUAUGCUUCAAUCCUGAUCGUAGCAGCACUAAUAGCUGCACUUUUAUUUUUCAGCCUCGCCAUGCUUGGUUGGUGUACCAGCAGAAGUAUUGAUCUGAUACAAUCCAUUCCAUCCACAACAACAAACUUAGCCCUUGAUGACAAGCUCCAAUCCUUCACCAUAAGCUUAGAGUCUCGUUCUAAGACAUUCCAGUACAGAACUGCAGAAACUGUACAAGGCACUGAUCAGACUGAAUGCAUCAUCUGUUUGGCACCCUUUGAAGAAGAAGACAGUGUGAGGCAGCUUCAUAGCUGCAAACACAUCUUUCAUACGAUUUGCAUCGACACUUGGCUUGCCUCUCAUUCUGGCUGCCCUUUGUGCAGAACCCAGAUAGACCAUGUGCCACCUCCAAAUGCAAUUGAGGAAGUGUCCCUUCCAAGAAGGUCUGUAGCUUCAGAGGACAAUGACCACAAUCAGAUGAUCUUGUUCCUUGUCAGCUCCUGAAUCCGGUCAUCACCUGCUAACAGUAUCAGAGCUCUGUGUAGAAUCAGACA